AUGGAGUCUUUUCUCGGCCUCGAUCUCACAAGGAACUAUUCCUUCUUCACGGUUCCGGCUGCAUUCUUCAUAGCCGCUCUUCCCCAUGCCUACACCAUCAUUGCAUCUAGGGGGACAUACGACAACGCCAACCCUCGCUCCCACAAGAACAACAUCGAGAAGUGCGAGGUCUUUACCAAAUAUGACAAACAAUUCCUCUACCGAGCCAAGGCUGCUACAGAAAACGGCUUCGAGACCCUCAGUCUCUACGCAGCCGGUAUCGUAGCCGCAAACUUUGCAGGCGUGUCGACACCUACCGUCAACGCCUUGAGCUUUAGCUACGUCGCAAGCCGUGUCGUGUACAACGUCGCCUACCUGUGGCUGCAGGCCGAUCGCCGCCUGGCGCCGGUGCGUAGUCUGGUGUGGACUGCGAGUAUCGGGCUCAUUAUCACCUUGUGGAUCAAAGCUGGAAACAAGAUGCUCUCAGUGUAA